AUGCCACGUCUGAAGACUGUGCAAUCGAAGGUGACGAAGUCGCCACGUCGUCCGUUCGAGAAAGAGCGUCUUGAUCAGGUUAGUCGUGAGAUUGAAGAACUGAAAAUGGUUGCUUUUCAUUACAGGAGCUCAAGCUCAUCGGAACUUUCGGACUCAAGAACAAGCGUGAGGUGUGGCGUGUCAAGUACACCUUGGCUAAGGUCCGUAAGGCUGCUCGUGAGCUUCUCACCCUUGAGGACAAGGACCCGAAGCGUCUUUUCGAAGGAAAUGCCCUUCUCCGUCGUCUGGUCAAGAUCGGUGUGCUCGAUGAGACCAAGAUGAAGCUCGAUUACGUGCUCGGAUUGAAGGUCGAGGACUUCCUUGAGCGCAGACUCCAGACCCAGGUCUUCAAGCUCGGAUUGGCCAAGUCUAUCCACCACGCUCGUAUCCUGAUCAAGCAGCACCACAUCCGGUUAGUAUUUUUUAAAUUGCUUCUAUUUAAACACUGAAAAUUGAAUAAUAUGUAAUCUUUUUUCAGUGUCCGCAGACAAGUCGUCGAUGUCCCAUCCUUCAUCGUCCGUUUGGACUCGCAGAAGCACAUCGACUUCUCUCUCCAGUCGCCAUACGGAGGUGGCCGCCCAGGACGUGUCAAGCGACGCACCUUGAGAAAGGGAGACGGAGCCGGAGGCGACGAUGAGGAGUAA